AUGGCGUCGUGCAGCUUUGCAAGCAGCAAGAACGCCGUUCCACAGCUCUCUGUGCGCGUGUCGCGCCCGGCCAAGCCCGCUGCGCCGCACGCAAACCUCGGCGCGCGGCCUCUCCGCACGCCCAGCGCCAGCGCCAGCGCCAGCCCCCAGCGCAGCAUCAGGGCCGCUGCCGCGACAGCCGAGGGCCCCGUCGCUGACCCGUUCGCCGCACUCGGCAACCAGACCGUCUUCCGCGUCUCCGACGGACAGGAGCUGCCCCUGACCGCUCAGUGGGGCCCCAGCGACACGGCCGUCGUCGUGUUCGGACGCACCUUCGGCUGCCCGUUCUGCCAGGAGCUCGCCACGGAGCUCGCGCGCGACGCCCUCCCUCGCAUCCAGGCGUCAGGCGGGAAGUUGUUCUUUGUCGCCAUCGGCGUCCCGGAACGCGGCCGCGACUUCGCCGCGCGCACGGGCUUCCCCCAGGAGCUGCUCUUCGCGGACCCGGAGAACGCGUGCUACGACCGGCUCGGGCUCUACAAGAGCGUCCAGCGGGCCUUCUUCUCGCCGUCGACGCCGCUCUCGCUGGCGAAGCGCGCGGUCAAGGACGGGGGCAAGGGGCUGCUGGGGGCGCUGGACGGCUGGGAGCCGUGGCAGCCGCCGAAGGGCGCGGGCCAGGCGCUGAAUCAGGGGGGCAUGUUUGUAUUCGAGGGCGCGCAAUGCAAAUUCUCCCACUAUGACCCAGCGACGAGCGCACACGCCGACAUGGACCAGGUGUGGUCGGUGCUCGGCGCGAUCGACGCCGCGAAGUCGCGCGUGCGGGAGUGCGAGUGA